CCUUGGCCCUUUUUGUUGUGGAGGUGACACUGCGGCAUCAUGACUUACGUCCCGGCACCUGGGUACAUGCCAACCUACAACCCCCCCCUCCCUUGCAGCAAGCCCGUGCCUUAUGGACUUCGUGCUGGGAUGUCCGUCUACAUUCAAGGGGUGAUACAUCACUCUACUAACAGUUUCCGAGUGAACUUUUCCUGCGGGAAUGAUAUCGCGCUGCACUUCAAUCCCCGCUUCCAAGGCCAUGACAAGGUCGUCUUAAACACCUUCCACGGGGGCAAUUGGGGGAAAGAAGAGCACCACCACAUGCCCUUCCAACUGGGCCAGCACUUUGAGAUCAUGUUCAUCGUCACCAAUGAACAUUACCAGAUCUCGGUGAACAGGGAUCCAUUCUGCGAGUACAGGCACAGGAUGCCCGUGGAGCAGGUGCAGGAAGUGAACGUGGAUGGAGACAUGGAGCUGCAAUCUCUGACCGUCCUUGGCGGGGCCAUGAUGGGAGGCAUGGGAAUGCCAGCACAGCCUUAUCCUCCGAUGGGAAUGCCGGGCAUGAUGCCAAAUGCUGGCUACCCAAACCCAAACCUUCCUAUGAUGAUGGCUCCGACUUCCUACAAUCCGCAAGUGCCCUAUAUCGGCAACUUCCCCGGAGGCCUGGGCUCAAAGAGAACCGUGGUGAUAAGAGGAUUUGUCCCGCAAGGUGCCAAAAACUUCCAUAUCAACUUUAAAGCUGGCCACAGUGAUAUAGUCCUACACAUUAACCCGCGCAUGAAUGAGAACUGUGUUGUGCGCAACAGCUUCCUAAACGGCGGCUGGGGCCGUGAGGAGAGAGAGCUGCCAUUCAACCCCUUUCAGCCUGGACAGUACUUUGAUCUCUCCAUCCGCUGUGGGAACGAGCGCUUCAAGGUCUUUGCCAAUGGCCAGCCAGUCUUCAACUAUUCGCACCGUUUCCGCAACUUCCAGCAAAUCGACACCUUGGAUAUCGAUGGUGACGUUAUCCUGUCUUAUGUCCAGUACUGAGCUGAGAAGAGGGUGAGAGGCCGAGACUACCUCUGGCCUUGGCCCUACCUCGAUGUGAGGAUGAUACUUUUAAAUGGGAGCAUCAGUAAAGAAUUUUAUUUUGAA